UUCUUGCCAAAGAAAAAGGUAAGAACUUGAUAAAAUUAAUAAAAAAAAAAAAAGGGCUAUUUGUUCUUCCCCAUCCUAGGCUUAAUUAAAUAACAGGUUGGUAUUUUCUCAGAAUAUUACACAAUAUAGCUACCUAGCUUAUUAAGAACCAGUUCCAAGUGUGGAGGGUGGCAGCUAUCAGCUAUGGAGGACUCACGCUCGCUGCACGAGGUCUCAGACUUGGAAAAUGGACAUGUCCUCCCCAAUCCCCCUAAGGAGACCUUGAACGGGAGCAGAUCUCUGCAAAAUGUAUCGUCUUCAAUCAUGCGUAAGAAAUCUGACGCAGUUCUCGUUUCAAGCGUUCGUUUUCAAAUUCUCAGGCAUUUCUUGGCCAACCUCCAACUAGUCAUUCUUGGAACUAAGCUGGCCGUGCUUUUCCCAGCUAUUCCUCUUGCCAUAGCUGCUGAUUUUUAUAAAUUUGGCAGACCUUGGCUAUUUGCUUUUAGUUUUGUUGGACUCGCUCCGCUUGCAGAACGUGUCAGCUUCCUCACUGAACAAAUUGCAUGUUUCACUGGGCCAACAGUUGGAGGGCUUCUUAAUGCAACAUGUGGUAAUGCAACAGAACUGAUAAUUGCAUUGUUUGCUCUUUACCAAAACAAAAUCCAUGUCUUGAAGUACUCCCUAUUGGGUUCCAUAUUGUCAAAUCUCCUUCUUGUGCUUGGGACCUCUCUCAUCUGUGGAGGCUUGGCCAACCUGAAAAAGGAGCAAAGAUAUGACAGAGAGCAGGCUGAUGUGAAUUCACUACUUCUAUUGAUGGGGUUGUUGUGCCACAUGUUACCACUAAUGUUCAGAUAUGCCACAGGGGAAGGCCCUGACACUUUCUACCAUACUCUUGAGCUGUCUAGAGCUAGCAGCAUUAUUAUGCUUAUAGCAUAUGCUGCUUAUAUCUUCUUCCAGCUUAAAACUCACAGGCAAUCAUUUGAACCUCAGGAGGAAGGAAAUGAAGAAGAAGAAGAAAAAGCAGUUAUUGGAUUUUGGAGUGCAUUUUCUUGGUUGGUUGGCAUGACAAUGAUCAUAACAUUAUUGUCCGAGUAUGUUGUGGGCACAAUUGAGGCUGCAUCAGAUUCUUCGGGCGUCUCUGUCAGCUUCAUUAGCAUAAUCCUGCUACCAAUUGUGGGGAAUGCAGCAGAACAUGCAGGAUCAAUCAUAUUUGCUUUCAAGAACAAGUUGGACAUUUCUUUGGGUGUUGCAUUGGGAUCUGCCACUCAGAUCUCAAUGUUUGUGAUCCCUUUAAGUGUUCUUGUUGGUUGGAUUAUGCAUGUCCGUAUGGAUCUUGAUUUCAGCCUCCUUGAAACUGGUUCUCUUGGUUUUGCAAUAAUCAUCACAGCAUUCACUUUACAGGAUGGAACUUCACAUUACAUGAAAGGAGUGGUCCUUUUCUUGUGUUACAUUGUUAUAGCUGCAUGUUUUUGGGUUCAUAAAAUUCCUCAGAAUCAAAUUACAGUUGGCAAACCGUUUACAGGGGUGUUUGCUUCUUAGCAUUUGGUGUUUGAGAGCUUAUGUGAGUGGAAGAGCUAUAAGAAAAUUGGCAUUGGUAGUUCUCUCUUUGUAUGUAGCUCUCCCUUUAAGUUAUGUCCUUGUAAUAAGUUUUUUUUUCCACUGAUUUUAAGUUUAAAACAGUGGCAAAUGGUAAUGGCUCUUCUCCA